UCCCCUAGCUCGCCGCCUCUUUCUUCACACGGCAGGGCACACUGCUAUACACAAUACAAAUACAAACACACACUCCUGUCCUUUCUACUCCAAGUUUCAUUCCAAACCCUCCCCCCUCGCUCUCGACGCCUCAGCUCCUCCCCCUUCUCUCUCAACUCCUGCUAGCUCUCUCUCACACACACUAGCCGGCGGCGCUCCUCAAUUUUCACACUUCCUAACCACAUCAGGCGCACACCUACGCGGCCAUACCCUCCUCCACCGAUCACUUCUCGGCAGCCGGCUUCUCGUCCUGCAUCCCAGGAGAGAUCGAGAGAAUGGAGCUGUUCCCAGCGCACCCGGACUUGCAGCUGCAUAUCAGCCCUCCCCCAGCCACGAAACCAACGGAGCUAGGGUUCUGGAAAAGGGCUCUAGACACCACCCCGACAGCAACUACAACGGCCGCGGCGGCCACCACGGCCCCCUCCCUCGCCUUCGCGUCCUCGGCGCCGACAGCCGUGGGGCACCACGCGGCGGCCGGCGCGCACCACAACGACCACCACCAUCAGGUGCCGACGACGAGCUCCCACUCCCACCUGGUGGGCCUCCCGUUCUUGCACCACACCCAGCCCAUCCUCCUCCCGGAGGGCCGCGGCGGCGGCCUCCGCCGGGACCUGGCAGCCGCGAGGCCCAUCCGGGGCAUCCCCGUGUACAACGCCUCGCAGCCGCUCCUCCACUUCCUGCAGAGCCACACGCAUUGCCACGACGCGAUCGUCGGCGCGGCCGGGCCGAGGUUGUCCCCCAAGGCCGCGCUCCGGCUCGCGGCGAAGCGGGGCGCGCGCGCGCCCCGGAUGCGGUGGACGACGUCGCUGCACGCGCGGUUCGUCCACGCCGUCGAGCUGCUCGGGGGCCACGAGAGAGCUACGCCCAAGUCAGUUCUUGAGCUAAUGGACGUGAAGGAUCUGACCUUGGCCCAUGUCAAGUCGCACUUGCAGAUGUAUCGCACCAUCAAGACCACCGACCACAAGCCAGCUAAUUCUGCUUCAUCCUACGGUAUGUACGGGCAAGCAGCAGCCGCGAAACCGGUCAUCGACAUCCCCGACCCCGACGACGACAGCCUGUUCGACCUCAUCACCACCAGCGCCGGGUCUGAUCAGUCGUCGUCGUCGGCUCAGCACUCUAACCCUGACGGCGGCGGCGGCAACGAGCAUGGCUCCAGCAUGUGCGCUCUGUGGUGCAGCUCCUCGACAAGCAUCAGCAGGGGGGGCUGGUUCCAUGACAGACCAAGAGACGAUGAUGCCGCCACUCCCGGUCCCGGCGACGACAUCAAAUCCUUCGAGGACGUGCAAUCACACAGCCUUCUUGACGAUGUCGCCGACCUCAACUCGUCGCCGUUCCAGGUAGUAGCUGGGAUGUUUGGCAGCGACAAGAAACCGAACCUCGACUUCACCCUAGGACGGAUAUAAUCCGCACUGUCUAUCUACACCUCGACCAUCAGCUGAGCCAACCGAGAUCGAUCGAUCGGCCGGCCAUGGAUACGAAGCUAGAUACAGGCUAGAGCUAGCUGCACUGCAUACAUAGGUUGAUCUGCUUCUAAGCUGCCAUGUUUAUGAUCUGAUGGAGCAUGUGCGUGCGGUAUGCAUGCAUGGUCGUAGCGAGGGAACAAUGAAGAAGAACCAAAACGCUUGAAGAAAUGAAAAAAGAAGGCGCGCUAGGAGUAAAGAAUAGGAGAUAUGGCAACCGUGGAUUGGAUCCAGGAACAAAUUAAAGCUAGCGCGCGCAAAAUUAAAGGAGGCGGGGGAGACAUUGGUGCGUGCGUGUUAGUAGAUAUAGACAGCUCGAUAGGCUUUAUCCAAGGCAUGUGGUGUACACAUGCAUGAGGGAUCGGAUAGAGAGAUCGAUCAGAGGUGCAUGACGCAUGAGGCACCUAGUUGUAGCUAGGGGCCGGUUGGCUGGCCAAGAUUUGACAAAAAAGGUUUGCUUCAUAUAUAUCCUUUAUUAUGUUAUAUGCUUAUGCCACACAAAGUGUACUGCAAAGAGAGCUAGGUAGCUAGCGCAUAUUAUAUAUAUAUAUGUCAUAUAUAUGCCUGCAUGUAUUGUUUGGACCAUGGAAGAGUAUUAUUAUUCU